CAUUAUGCGUAAUAAUGAUCUGGCUGAGCGGCUGUGAUUCCGGCGAGAUCAGACCGUAUCUCAGUAGUCUAUGAGCUGCUGAGCCAUCGACACGGUUUAUUAAAACAGUACGGACGAAAUAGCACGGGGAGCCCAGCCAGAGUCGCAGUUCGAAUUACUUCCUUAUCAGUCGCUUGCGACGUGACUUAAAUUUCAUUGACGUGUUGCCGUGGCUUGUGGAUUUUGUGAAUCAGAAGCCGACAGCCCAUGUGUUUGCCCUGACAACUCUGUAUUCUGGAACAAAGAACAGUGCAAUGGCUGGGGACAAGUGCAUCUGUCUGCUGGCUCUUAUAAUAGGAGCAUCAAUACUGCCCUCCAUAAGCGAUGCUACAAGUUUUGCCUUCCCAAAUCCAAGAACUGAUAUAAGUAAUGAAGCCAUAGCAUACUUAAAUGGAAUUCCGUCUUCGAAAUGGUUGGAAUUCGUCAGCUCUGGAAUUGAUUCUCUGAACAGACAAAAAAGACUUGAGGAAAAUCUCUUAAAAUCUGAUAUUACUGUCCAGAAUGGCACCAUUUCGCACGUUCAACUUUUGGACACUUUGCCCAAUGGAGCCUCGAAGGAGGACAGCGAAAUAGCUCUUAAGAUCCUGAAGUCUAGCCUGUAUGUGUACAAUAGUCAAUGUUUGAGCCAUGGUAUCGAUGGAGAUGAGUGUAGGAAUUAUCUGGAAGACAUACCCCUGCCCGUGGGCAGCAGCUUAAGGGAGGAGUGCUUGAACUUGCUCUCAGGAAACAGAGAGGGUCAUCAUGCUUUCCGACGCUUGCUGGAGCCGCACUACAGAAAUGGCUUUCAUGAGAUGUUUCCCGAAACCGGUCGCUCUGUCAGCAGCCUGCCGCCUGCCUGGUCCAUUAGCAAGGCGCUUUAUGAACCGGAUACCAUCCAGAAAGCCAAACAACUAAUCGCCGAAGAGAAAUCCCAUUUGAAUUUGGGUCUGGCUCAGUGGGCCCAGUUUGUGGAGCACGAUCUCAGCAAGCCCGUUUCACAAUCGAUGAGCACCGGAGCACCCAUCGAGUGCUGCAGCCGUGACCAAAAUAACCUUCAGCCCCGCCACCACCACCCGGCAUGUGCUCCAAUUCUGUACCAGCCCAGUGGGAAAUACGACGUGCCCAGCUGCCUCAACUAUGUGCGGAGUGCGCUGGCCGUGGCCGAUUGCAAUUUCGGUGGCGCCGAGCAGCUGAACCAGGCCACUGCAUCCUUGGACCUGUCCCAACUCUAUGGUUUUACCUCGGCUGCGGAGCAGAAAAUGAGACUGUUUAGAGGUGGCCUCCUGAAAUCCACAUCGAUUGGUCAGCGUCAUCAUGUCCUGCUACCCAUGACCACGGAUACCCAGGAUCUGGGACACUCAUUCUGUGCCUGGGGAGCCACUGGCAAUGCCACCUGUUUUGCUGCUGGCGAUUCCCGGGUGAACAGCAGUCCCUUCUCCAUUUUGAUUUAUACGAUUUUCAUGCGCAACCAUAACCGCCUGGCCAGGGAGUUGAGUGAUAGGAAACACAGGUGGAGUGAUGAGCAGCUCUUCCAGGCGGCCAAGGCGGUGAAUGUGGAUAUCUAUCGGCGGGUGGUCAUAGACGAGUGGCUCCCAGAGGUUCUGGGAGAGAAACUGGCAGCCGAAGCAAGGAGCAGAAAUAAGCGAGCAAAAGAGAUCUCCAAUGAGUUCGGAGUGGCCGCCAUUAGGUUCUAUUUCUCCAUGCUGCCCAAUGAAUUGCGGAAUUUGGUCAAGGAUAAUAAACUGGAUGAGAACAACCUACCCACCACAAACCUUUUUCAACUCAAAGAAGAAAUCUACAAACCGCGGCUGCAAUAUACAACUCAGAAGCUGAACGAGAUCCUCGAAAGUUUGCUCAAUCAGCGUACAAUGAAAAUGGAUGCUGCCUAUGCUGGUGAUGUGGUCUGGCACAAGGACACCAAACCUACCCAUACGGAUAUCCUGGCCUUUGACAUUCAACGAGGCAGGGAUCAUGGCCUGCAGCCUUAUUACAAGUACUUUGAAACCUGCAGCCUACUAAGACCCGUAAAUAGCUGGAAAGACUUUGAAGGCUUUAUUCCCAAUGAUGUUUUGGACAAGCUGAAAACAAUAUAUUCAAGCUGGCAAGAUAUAGAUCUGAUUGUGGGUGGAAUUUCUGAGCGUCCUGUAAGCGGCGCCAUUGGUCGCACUUUUAGCUGCAUACUAGGUGAACAAUUCUGGAAUGUGCACCAACAUCAUAGGGAACAGUCGGACCACAAACACGACUCUCUCCUCCAUGAAUAUCGCCAUUUCAAUGGCUCCAAGCUCCUCUGCCUGAACUCGGAUGUUAGAGCUGUGCCCCAAAAUAUCUUCCAGUUGCCAUCCGCCAGCAAUCAACUGGUAGCCUGCGACGAUGUGGUCUAAGGAAGAUACGAAAAAGUCACCAAAACGAUUUUAGAUUAUUAUGUUCCUAAGUCCCAAGAAAGAAAAUCUGAUUUAGAGCUCAAUAAAUACCUCGAAAACAAA